UUUGGGGAAUUUUAAAAAUAAUCCAUAGAAUUCAUGAGUUGUUAGUUCAGACAUGCAGUUGACAAUCACAAUUUAGAAAAAUAAAGGGUUAUACCAGUAUAAUUGUAUUAGUAAGAGAACUUAAGUGGUUGUAGAAUUGUUCCCUCAGUCUCUGUUGAACAUAGCUUUUUAUGUUGAUACACCAUGGCAAUAAAUAUUGAGCACCUAUUAAGUGCUAAGCGCUGUUGUAGGUACUGGGAAAACUUGUUUAAAAAAAACUAGUUUUUUUUCAGGGAGCUUACAUUCUAGUUAUUCUUUUUAAUACCUUGUUAACCACAUAUGGAACAGAGGAGGGGAAAGUAAGGAGGUAACCCUCUUUGCAAUUUCUAUGCCUAGCAUUCCUAUUCCUCAUGUUUUUCUUUUAUAUGACAAUUAAGAAAGGCUACCUUUAGUGAAAAGACAGGUGUAUUUUGGCAAGUGCAGACACACCCAACCUGUAGUUUGAACCCUUUCUAUGGGAGCGGCAGCGGGGCGCUGCUGGCAGGUUUAAAGCCUCUGUGCUCUCCGCUCGCACUCGGGCAGGGGCGCCGGCCAUGACCGCCCUACGGAGGCUGCGGGGAGCUGCUCGCUGGCCGCCCGGCCUUGGCGGCACUUGCUCCGGGAGUUACAGUGUCCCUCCUCAGCCCUAAACCUGAAACGCGAGAGGACUGAGACCACGAGAGCCCUCAGGGAAGCCUAGCGGCGCCCACCCUCGCGUGUACCCCGAGGGGCGGGGCCGUAUACGUCAUGACGCACGCAUUCACGCAAUCCUCGACCACGUCGCUAGCGCGCCGUAGUUUUGAACGCGGUUCCCGGGGAGACCGCCGCGGUCAAAGCGCACCAUGGACCGGAGGGUCGUCAAGCCGCCGGGACAGGAUUUAGUAGUGGAGCGUCUCAAAACGCGCUACGGACUCAGGGACAGCUGCCCCGGCGAGGAAUGGGAGAUGAGUGGUGUGUGGCCUGCCCUGACGAAUCAAGUGUAUGAUUUUUCAAAUUUUGAUCAGGCUAAAUGUAAAAGAAGAUCUCCGACCUCCCCAGAAGAUUUGGAUAUCUAUUCAUCCGGAGAUAAAGCUGUUUCAUCAUUAAGAUGUUAUUCUGCUGAAAGCAAGCGUUGUACAACACCUUUUGGCAGUUCAUUCAAGCACUUAAAUAUGAAUUGCCUAGAUGAUGAAUUGGAUUCCUUUCAUGAUUUGAAGAAACAGGAAACAGAGGAAGAGUUAAUUGAGAAUAAUCAUAGAGUUAGUACAUCCAAAAUAACCAAGCAAUCUUUCAAAGAAAUAGAAAAAGUUGCCCUGCCUACUAAUAUGGCCUCAGCAAGACCUCAGAAUGAAUGCUGGAGUGCUGCAAGUGACUCUCCUUUGAAACCUGUCAGUUCCCCAAAAUCCAAAGCAUCAAACAAACAGAGUUUACUUCCAUAUCAAGUUAGUCAGAUAUAUGAUGAAUUAUUUCAAAUACAUCUGAAACUGCAGCAUGAAACUACAGCCCAACAGAAAUUUGCUGAAGAACUUCAAAAGCGAGAACGUUUUUUACUUGAAAGAGAACAGUUGCUUUUCAGACAUGAGAAUGCCUUGAGUAAAAUUAAAGGUGUUGAAGAAGAGGUUGUUACAAGAUUUCAAAUUAUAAAGGAGCAACAUGAUGCGGAAGUUGAACACUUAACUGAAGUUCUUAAAGAAAAGAAUAAAGAAAGCAAAAGACUGAGGUCCUCUUUUGAUGCAUUGAAAGAAUUGAAUGAUACAUUAAAAAAACAAUUAAAUGAAGUAAGUGAAGAAAACAGGAAGAUGGAGAUUCAGGCUAAAAGAGUUCAAGCUCGUUUAGAUAAUUUACAGAGGAAGUAUGAAUUUAUGACAAUACAGAGAUUGAAAGGAAAUUCCCAUGCUGCUCAGGAAGUAAAAAAUUUAAAACAAGAAAAAGUACCAGUUUCAAAAAGUUCCAAGGUACCACUUAAUGGACAAGCUUAUGAACUUUUAACUGUCUUCAUGGAUUGGAUUUCGGAUCAUCAUCUUAGCAAAGUGAAACAUGAAGAAUCUGGAACGGAUAGUGAAAAGCCUCUACUCACAUCUGCUUCUCAGAGAAAUGAUAUUCAAGAAAAAUGUGUAAAGCUUUUGCCUGUGGUGACAGAGCAGCUACAGUGGAUGCCAUUUGUGAAUGCCAAACUUCACGAGCCCUUUGUAAAAUUUAUAUAUUGGUCACUAAGGCAGCUAGAUGCUGGAACACAGCAUUCAACUAUGAUAUCAACAUUGAGGAGAUUGGGUGAAGACAUAUUUAAAGGAGUAGUAACUAAAGGAAAUCAGGAUGUUUUAGAGCAAUCUGUGGAGAAUAAACCAAAGACAGCUGCUUUCUUUAAGAGCUCUAAUUUGCCAUUGAGAUUUUUAUCAACCUUAAUUGUUCUCAAAACAGUCACUCAAGCUGAUUACCUGGCUCAGGCAUUUGAUUCUCUUUGUUUGGACUUGAAGACAGAUGAAGGAAAAACCAUGUUUUUGGGAUAUCAAGCUGUUCCAGUACUAUUGAGUCAUCUAAAAAUAUCCAGUAAAGGACUUUUGUCCAAUGUCAUUGAUAGUUUGCUUCAGAUGACAGUGGAAUCUAAAUUCUUGCAGCCUUUCCUGGAAGCCUGUAGCAACACUUUAUUUUUUCGUACUUGCUCCGUGCUACUUCGAACCCCUAAGCUUGAUCUUCAAAUACUAGAAAAGCUCAGCAUUAUUCUACAGAAACUUUCGAAAAUCAAGAGUAAUAAGAAGCUAUUUGAACUUUUUACAAUUCAUCUGAUGCUUCAAGAGAUACAGAGGACAACACAUCCAGAGCAUGCUUUUCUCUGUAUUAAUCUAAAUUCAACUCUGUUCAAUUUGGGUCUAACAAAAUGCAACUCCCUGCCCUCCAAUCCAAGCCAUUAGACUGGCUCAUUUUUUCAUAUAUAUGUUGCUUUUUUGUAAAAAUGUAAAAAUCACCAAAGUAACUAAAAUUCUACCAAGUUACCAGUAGCAUCAUUUAUCAUGAAAGAAAGGUUGUUUUUUUAAACUUUUUAAAUGAAAUCUACAGAAGCUAUGGAAUUUUGGAAUGUUUUGGUUCAACUAAGGUAGUACUAAUACAUAAGAUGACAUUUCCAGAAUUUAUGACAUUGGGGUUACUUUUCGUGAAAGUAUUUUAGGAAAAUUCUUUCUUAAAGUUGUGAUUAUUUGGAAUAAAAUUGGUGCUUAUGUGGGAACAGG